AUGAGCGGAAAGACAUUCAACGUUGGUGUCGUGGGCUAUGGCAUGUCUGCCAAAAUCUUCCACAUCCCCUUCCUCACUCAAACUCCUCAAUUCAAACUCCACGCCAUCGUUCAACGAUCUCCAAAGGAGGGUAACUCAGCACCCUCUGACUACCCUAAUAUCAAGCACUACACAGACUACAAGGAUCUCUUCGCCGACGCUGCAAUCGAUCUUGUAGUCAUCAGCACUCCCCCCAACAACCACUUUGAGCUCACAAAGGCUGCCCUCGAGGCUGGAAAGCAUGUCUUGACCGAGAAGCCUUUUGUUCCUACUUCUGCUGAGGCUGAUAAGCUUAUUGAGAUUGCCAAGAAGAACGGAAAGCUCCUUAUUGUUUACCAGAAUAGACGAUGGGAUGCUGACUUUGUUACCCUUAAGAAGAUCAUCUCUGAGGGUACUCUUGGUCGUAUUGUUCAGUUCGAUAACCACUUUGACCGUUAUCGUCUUGUGCCCUCUAAGAACUGGAAGCUAGACCUCCCCCUUUCCCAAGGCGGAAGCGCUCUCUACGACCUGGGAACUCAUCUCAUCGACCAAGCCUACGUUCUCUUCGGCAAGCCCCAAUCUGUUCAUGGCCGUCUCCUCUCUCAACGCGAAGGAAAGUUCGACUUUGAGAACCCCGACGGUGUGUCAGCAGAACUUACCUACCCCGACGGUCUCCUCGUCAACAUCCGCAUCAGCGUUCUCAGCGCCGAACUCGAGCAGCCUCGCUUCUGGGUCCGCGGCACAAAGGGAAGUUUCCGCAAGCUCGGUCUCGACACGCAAGAAGAUGCGCUCAAGGCUGGUGCGAAGGCUACCGACGCGGACUUUGGAAAGGAGGACCCAGCUCGGUAUAAGUUGGUUGUCGUUGAUGACAACGAGAAGGUUAAGGAGCAGACCAUUUCGUCCAUUGAGACACCUACCUACAAGGCUUUCUACGCUCAGCUUGGCAAGGCUGUUGAGAGUGGGAAGGAGGAGGAUGUUCCGGUGAAGGCAUCUGAGGCGAGGGAUGUUUUGCAGAUCAUUGAGGGUGUUUUUGAGAGUGCCAAGACAGGCAAGGAUGUCACUUUUGCUUAG